AUGGUGUUAGACAGUACCGCUCAUGGCAUAGCUGAUGGCCAACUACCACCCCAUGAGUUCGUCCCAAACACAGGCUACCUCAACAACACGCCAAUUGACCCCGCAGUUGAUAAUGCACACGACACGAGUGCACCGCAAGUGGGAGAGGAAGUCGACGAGGAAGACGAUGAAUAUUACGACGAUAUCUUUGAAGAGGAUCUAGAAGAAGAUUUUAGCUCCGCAAACCCGAAUGACUUUACGAAAUCAUACAAUCGCCAGCGUCGGCUGAACGAGGCCAUGGCAGAUGUCAAUGCGCCGAAAUCAUCAUAUCCGAAAACGAACCCUCAGAAGCCCAAGGCAAAUAUUCAGGCAGCUGUGGACGAUCAAAUAACGUCUCUAUCAAAGCAUGCCGCUAAGAUCAAACUUGACGACCAACAGUCGGGUUUCAGAGGGAAAGAUUCAAGGACAGUUGAUAAGAGUGAUCGUGCUACAUCAGAGCAGGUGUUGGAUCCGCGCACAAGAAUGAUUCUCUUGCAGAUGAUCAACAGACACUUGGUGUCAGAGAUCAACGGCUGUCUCUCAACCGGAAAAGAAGCAAAUGUGUAUCAUGCCGUCACAGUACGAGACGAGGACGGGGAUGUCGAGACCCUACAGCGAGCCAUCAAGGUUUACAAGACGAGCAUAUUAGUAUUCAAAGACCGCGACAAAUACGUUACUGGCGAGUUCCGUUUCCGAAAAGGCUACGACAAAAGUAACAACCGAGCCAUGGUCAAAGUGUGGGCAGAGAAGGAAAUGCGAAAUUUGCGAAGGAUAUAUUCUGCAGGCAUUCCAAGUCCUGAGCCACUCUAUCUUCGACUUCACGUCCUUGUCAUGAGUUUCUUGGGUAAUUCACGAGGAAUUCCCGCUCCUCGCUUAAAGGAUGUUGAAUUCGAUAUUCCGGAUCCCGAGACACGAUGGCAGGAGUUAUACAUGGAACUAGUUGGUUACAUGCGUACCAUGUAUCAAACAUGCCGACUGGUUCACGCUGAUUUGAGCGAAUACAACAUCCUAUACCACAAGAACAAACUCUACAUAAUUGACGUGAGUCAAAGUGUUGAGCAUGACCACCCACGCAGCUUAGAGUUCCUACGAAUGGAUAUAAAGAACGUUAGCGAUUUCUUCAGACGCAAGGGCGUAAACCCUCUUGCUGAACGCGUGGUCUUUGAAUUCAUUAUCAGCAGCCAAGGACCGGAAAUGGUGGGAGGCGAUAAUGAAUCUAUGAUUGCGGCAAUUCGAAAGUUGAUUGAAACUAGAGAUGAGAAUGGUGAUGAGGCUGAAGGCGUUACAGACGACGUGGAUACUGCGGUUUUCCGUCAACAAUACAUCCCACAAACGCUCGAACAGGUUUAUGAUGUGGAACGAGACGCUGAAAAGGUGCAGUAUGGAGAAAGUGCCGAUCUUGUUUACCGCGAUCUUUUGGCCGACAGAUCCAAAGCCGCCACAGCAUCGAUUCAAAUUGAAUCCAAGGCACAGCCUGAGGAAGAAGAUGAAUCUGAUCAUAGUGGCGGGGUUUCUAUCAGCGACGGCUCUGACGAAAGUGUUGAGGGGUCUGAUGAUGAAGAUCCUUUUGCCAAAAAGCCUCCUCGUGGCAAGAAACAUGAGGAUAAGGAUGCAAAACGUUUACACAAGCAAAAGGUGAAAGAAGAGAAGAGGGAACAGAGAGCGAAAAAGAUGCCAAAACAUGUGAAGAAGAAGAUUAUCAGCUCUACAAAACGCAAAUAG